UGCCUACCGGUGUAGGCGGAGCCAAAGAGUCCCGGCCGGUGGCCGGGCGGAGGAGGCGGGUCGGUCUUCCGCGUGAUGGGGCUGCUCAGCAUCCUGAAGAAGAUGCGGCAGAAGGAGCGGGAGCUGCGGCUGCUCAUGCUGGGCCUGGACAAUGCUGGCAAAACCACCAUCCUGAAGAAGUUCAAUGGAGACGAGAUCGACACCAUCUCCCCCACCCUGGGUUUCAACAUCAAGACCUUGGAGCAUCGAGGGUUCAAGCUGAAUAUGUGGGACGUGGGGGGCCAAAAAUCUUUGCGCUCGUACUGGCGGAACUACUUUGAGAGCACGGACGGCUUGAUCUGGGUGGUGGACAGCGCUGACAAUCUGCGGCUAGAGGACUGCAAGCGGGAACUGCAGAGUCUUCUGGUGGAGGAGCGCUUGGCUGGAGCCACUUUGCUCGUCUUUGCCAACAAGCAGGACCUGCCAGGGGCCCUGAGCUCCAGCGCCAUCCAGGAGGCUUUGGAUCUGGAUAGCAUCCAUACCCACCACUGGUGCAUCCAGGGCUGCAGCGCUUACACCGGAGAAAACCUGCUGGCUGGCAUUGACUGGCUGCUGGAUGACAUCUCCAGCCGGAUAUUCACAGCAGACUGAGCCGGAGAGUGGAUGCUGGGUAUCCCACCCCCCUCCACCAUCACUGCUGCCCCCUGUGUGGCUAGUCACAUGGCGUGUGGUUUUUUUUCCAGACAACCGCACACCUUGUGCCUGAAUGGAUGGAGUGUGGUUCUUUUUGGAUGAAUUCACUGCACUGGUGGCGGACAGAAACCAGAAUCCUGUGGACGGGUUGGGCUCAGGGCACUGUGCCCUGUGGAGGAACGGGGAAAGGGCACCGUGGGGUCUUGCCAGCUGCCCACCUCUGUUCUCCAUGCGAGCCUGUAUUAAAAGCUUACUAAUAAAACCGCUGCUGUGAUCCAGAGCUAUAGCAUA